CUGGAUCAAACACUGAUAAUCAGCUCCAGCUGCAGAACUCAGCCACCGUCAACUGUGAGUGAUCCAAUGUUUUCAUGUGGUUUUGACACCAGAUAUUGUGUUCGUCAGGAAGCUGCUGAAUUUCAGAUGACCUGAAGUUCGGAUUGCUGGCAGCUGACAUGCUAAAGGACUAAAAAACUCAAGUAGAGGAUCAACACUCUUGAAGGACUUCAUCAUUUUACAUACAGCUAAUUGCAUCCUGGUGGCUGCACCUUGUGAGGGGAAUUUCUAAAGGGAGCUACAGUCCAGAGGCCAACAUGGCUGACAGGGUGAAUUCAUUGCCAUUUUUCUAUGGAAACAUCACCCGUGAGGAGGCAGAGGACUACCUGCGGCAGACAGGCAUGGGCAACGGCUUAUACUUACUAAGACAAAGCCGAAACUAUCUCGGGGGUUUUGCACUGUCUGUUGCGCAUUCAGGCCGCUGCUACCACUACACCAUUGAAAGAGAACCCAAUGAAACAUAUGCUAUCGCUGGAGGUAAGAGUCACAGGAGCCCACAGGAUGUGAUUGAUUACCACUCCCAGGAGACGGAUGGCCUUGUGUGUCUGUUGAAGAAGCCCAGCAACAGGCCCAAGAACAUGCAGCCCAAGGUGGGGCCGUUUGAGGACCUGAAGGAGAAACUGAUCCGGGAGUAUGUAAAGCAGACCUGGAACUUACAGGGGCCAGCUCUGGAGCAGGCCAUCAUCAGCCAGAGGCCUCAGCUGGAGAAGCUCAUUGCCACCACUGCACAUGAAAAAAUGCCCUGGUUCCAUGGAUCCAUAACACGGGAGGACUCUGAGCCCAGGCUUCAAAAUGGCUCCCGUAUAAAUGGAAAGUUCCUGAUUCGACAGAGAGACAUGAAUGGAUCCUACGCUUUAUGUUUACUACAUGAAGGACAAGUCAUGCAUUAUCGUAUUGACAGAGACCGAGCCGGCAAGCUGUCUAUCCCAGAUGGCAAGAAGUUUGACACGCUGUGGCAGCUGGUAGAGCAUUACUCAUACAAACCAGAUGGCCUGCUGCGAGUGCUAACUGAUCCCUGUCAACGACCUGAGGGAGAAUUAGGACUUAUAGGCCGGCCUGCGCUACCACGGGACCAUCCUGGGAUAAGCUCUACUCUUCAAAAUGCAGCAGGUGGAAUUCUCUCCAGACUCAAAACUGUUCCCAUACCUGGCCGAAAAAAGCCGUCUCGUGAAUCUCGACACAACACCAGAGAAAAUCUCAAUCCUUAUGAAACCAGGAUGCCCACUAAUCAUGCAGGAAGCAAAGAGGCCAUGCCAAUGGACACAGAAGUAUAUGAGAGUCCAUACGCAGACCCAGAUGAACUGAGGAGUUCCACAGUGGAUCGCAGUCACCUCUUCCUGGAGGAUGGAGAACUGGGCUCUGGAAACUUUGGAACAGUCAUGAAAGGCAUCUACAAGAUGAGGAAGACAGAGAAACCAGUUGCAGUUAAAAUCCUGAAGAAUGAUGAUAACAACCCUUCAGUGCGUGAGGAAAUGCUGCGAGAAGCCAAUGUCAUGCAGCAGCUGGACAACCCUUACAUUGUCCGGAUGAUCGGUAUCUGUGAGGCGGAGAACCUCAUGCUGGUCAUGGAGCUAGCUGAGCUGGGGCCGCUCAACAAGUUCCUGCAGAGAAACAAGCAGACAAACAUAAAAAACAUCACUGAGCUGGUCCACCAGGUGUCCAUGGGAAUGAAGUAUCUGGAGGAGCAUAACUUUGUCCACAGGGACCUCGCUGCCAGGAAUGUGCUGCUGGUCACACAGCACUACGCCAAGAUCAGUGACUUUGGUCUUUCCAAAGCUGUCGCUGAGGAGCAAAACUACUACAAGGCUAAGGGUCAUGGGAAGUGGCCGGUGAAAUGGUACGCUCCUGAGUGCAUCAACUACUUCAAAUUCUCAUCCAAAAGUGAUGUGUGGAGCUUUGGGGUGCUCAUGUGGGAGGCAUAUUCCCUUGGCCAGAAACCAUACAAGGGAAUGAAAGGAAAUGAUGUCAUGCAAAUGCUUGAAAGUGGACAGCGCAUGGAAGCUCCACUUAACUGUCCACAAGAGAUGUAUGACCUCAUGAACGCCUGCUGGACAUACAAAGUGGACGAAAGACCCAAAUUCAGUGUUGUUGAGCCAAGACUACGGGAUUAUUAUUACGACAUUGCACAGUGAUUCUUCACAUGGAUGCUGUGAGACUAUGCAAACUGCUGGUUGAUAUGGAAAAACUGCAUUUAAUCAUGUAUGAAUGACUAAAAAUGAUUAUAAAUUAAAUGCUGUUGUAAAAUAUUGACUUAAACUGGAGAUUUAUUAUAACUGUUCAACAUAGACCAUAAUUAUGCAAAUGACUUUUAUUUUAUUACUUUUCUUGUUCUUUCCUGAAUGUGAACAAUAUGAAAGUUGUAGUAAACGUAUAUACUGUAAAUCCAGCUUAUAAAAUAAACAAAG